AUGAAAAAAAAAGAAGAAACAAAUAUAUUACAUUCUCAUGAAAAAAUCAAAAGAAAUAUUCGUGGCAAUCACCCCAACAACAAUAUGCAAUCAAAUGCAAAUAAACGUAGAACAGCAUCAAUUCUAAUAUUAAGUUCCUUUUCAUUGCGACUUGUAGAUUUAUUGGAUGAUCUUCAUGGAGGAGUAUUUAACCUUACUAAAGAAAUUAUAAUUUAUUUUCUCAGAGAUGAUCCUCUUUUAUUUCUUCGAAUAUUUUUUAGUGAACUGGGCACAAUCAACUUUGAAGCACAAAAAGAACUUCUCACAAAAAUCCAUUUUCUUAUUUCAAUGCAACAUGUUUUUCCUUCAGGCUUUUCACAUACCCUUUUCAAUCAUCUUGCUGGAAUUUUGCAGUGGUAUUCACGUGCUAACAAGAGUAAUGGUUUACGACUUAUGACCUAUGUUAUUCCUAUUUUAGCAGAAAUUGUACCUACAGUCAAUGAUUUACUUGUUCGCGAUUUUCGGAAAAACAAAAUAGAAAAUAUUCUUUGUAACAAUGGUCAAUUUUGGAAUAGGUAA